UAGAGGUGUCCCAUCAUAGAGAGGUCUCUAGAGACCAUAGAUCUCUCUCUCUCUCUCUCUCUGUCUCUCGCUCAUACACACACUCUCUGGGCCGGAAGUGCGCUCGCCCUCCGGAAAUGACGACAUUCGAUGCGGCCAGCUGGAGGCCGCGGCGUUGCUACUGAGGGAGGCGGUGGCGGCGGCGGCGGCGGGGCUCGCCCGCAGGGGUCUCCGGAUUUUCCUUGCCGCUCUUGACUCACCCCUGCCAGGCGUAACAUGGUGUCUUACCACAUCCGCGAGUAUUGUCCUGGAGACUACGAGACUGUGCGGGACUUAUUCGCCACAGGGAUGAGCGAGUACGUGCCCACCCUGUGCCUCCACAUGCUGAAGCAGCCUUGGGUCAUCCUGAUCCUGGGCUGCACCUUCAGCCUCCUGCUGACCAGCUCCAAGUCCUUGCUCCUACCCAUCCUGGCUAUCACCUUGCUGCUGGCUGUCGGCCGGCAACUCCUGGGUUACAUCUGGUCGAUGUAUAUUGACCACUGCCUCCAGAAGGACCUGCUGGACAUCCAGGCCACCUACCUGGGCGACAAAGGCUCCUGCUUUUGGGUGGCCGAGGCGGACGAAUGUGUGGUGGCCACCGUGGGGGCCAGGCCCUCUGAAGAACAGCCGGACGAACUCAUGCUGAAGAGAAUGUCUGUCCGGAAGGACUAUCGGGGAUUCGGCAUCGCCAAAGCUCUUUGCAAGACUGUGAUCUCUUUCGCCCGGGAGCACGGCUAUUCUUCCGUGGUGUUGAACACCCUCAUGGUCCAGCACGAAGCCCGGGCGAUGUACGAAGGGGUGGGCUUCCGCAAAUACCACCAUUACAUCCUCCCCACCGUCUACGGCAGGCUGGCCAACUGUACGAUUUCCAAAUAUCGCUACGACGUCCCUAGCGCCGAGUGAGGCGAACCCGCCAGCCGGAAGGGUUUGCCUCCGGCGAUGGGCUGGAUCCGUCCUCUCGUUCCUUUUCUCCUUUCCUACACCUGGGACCACCACCACCACCCUCCCCCCCCCCCCC